AGCAGCAGCAAUAGCAUCAUUCAUGUGGACUUCGAGGUAAAGUCUGACGUUUUCUGAACUUGACGCGCGCGUGUUGUGUGGCGGACUAUUCUCGAAAUGUGAGGAAAGUUUUCGCUUUCUUCCCAUGAAAGCUUAAAACUUUGUUGCCUCCAGUUAGGGGGUACUUAAAAAACGGAGGUGAAGAAGGAUAUUUGAAGUCUCUGAUACUCAAAGGACGAUUUCUCUGCUUUGUGAAGCGAGGACGAGUCAGGUUGGUGAUUUUGAAUUCACGAGUCUCAAGUUUCUGCCGCCCUGGCCAGUGAUAUUAACGUGUGAAUUUGACCUGGGAUAAGUUGUCAACAAGAAGCAAACUGGCUGGUGUAUGCGUACAUUUACAUGCAUGGGCAUACGUAUAUCUAUAAAUAGAAGUUCGUGCCUAUGUAUUAAAUCCUGGCCACUCAUCUUCAUCAUUCACCUUCAUCAUAAUCCCAGUGAAACCCACGGGUGUCGCUUUGGCUGUUAGGGUAGGUGUCGCAUGGACUGACAUGGCCACCGAUCUCGCCAUGAGCGCAGAUUUGCCCAACAGCCCUUUGGCUAUUGAAUAUGUCAACGACUUCGACCUCAUGAAGUUUGAGGUCAAGAAAGAGCCCCCGGAGGCCGACCGCUAUUGCCACCGCCUGCCCCCGGGCUCGCUGUCCUCCACCCCUAUCAGCACGCCCUGCUCCUCGGUGCCUUCCUCGCCCAGCUUCUGUGCCCCCAGUCCCGGAUCUCAGCCUGGGCAGAACCUCGUAAAUGGUGUUAACAACAACAACAGUGGAAACAACAACAACACCCAAGGCUCCUCGGGCAAGCCGCAGCUGGACGAUCUCUACUGGAUUCCCAACUAUCAGCAUCACAUAAGUCCAGAGGCCCUCAACCUGACGCCCGAGGACGCGGUGGAAGCACUCAUCGGUAACGCGCACCACCAUCAUCACCACCACCAGCCCUACGAGGGAUUCCGCGGUCAGCAGUACGUCGGAGAAGACCUCUCGGCGCCCACGAACGGUCACCACCACCCUGUGCACCACCACCACCAUCAUCACCACGGCCACCACGCGCACGCGCGCAUCGAGGACCGCUUCUCAGACGAGCAGCUGGUGAGCAUGACAGUGCGCGAGCUUAACCGGCAACUGAGAGGCUUCAGCAAAGAAGAGGUGAUCCGCCUCAAGCAGAAACGGCGAACCCUGAAGAACCGCGGCUACGCGCAGUCGUGCCGCUACAAGCGCGUGCAGCAGCGUCACAUGCUCGAAAGCGAAAAGUGCACGCUCCAGAGCCAGGUGGAGCAACUCAAGCAAGACGUGUCGCGUCUCAUGAAAGAGCGGGACCUGUACAAGGAGAAGUACGAGAAGCUCGCGAGCCGAACCUUUAACGGCGGCGGCGGCAACGGAGGCAACACUCGGGAUCCGUCCAACGGCACUCACGGCAAAACCACUUCCUCGGAAUUCUUCAUGUGAGAGUGAUUCUUGUUAAAGACUUUUUCCCACACCAACGUAUUCGUUUUUUAAACCUUACAUUUUUUUAUGAUUUUCAGUGUGAAUCUUAUUUGCCGUUUUUUUUCUUGAAUACUCAAUGUCCGUUCUAGAACUCAUGAAAAUAAAGGUUUUACAGUCUGAUGCCAUAGGAGAACCUUUUUAAAUUCCACAAAUACAUGUUUUAUUUAGAAAAACAUCUAGCUAUGUGCUGGUGCUUUAAAGACCCAAAAUCUGGAGAUCCCAGAAUGUAACAUCCAGAACUUUUCCUUCUCCAAAGAACUACUCACUUUUUACAGCCAAAAUGGUUAAUGAUAAGAAGGUCAAGUCCUUUGCUGAACAUAAAGUGCUGAAAAGAAACACUGAAGAACCUUUAUUUUUAAGAGCCUAACAUUACAAAACCGUAUUUAAAGUUUUCACCCAUUAUUUGUGUAUAACUGCACCAUAAAAGUCUUAAGGUUAGUGUGAUGUUAGGAUUAUCUUCCACAGAUACUGCACGGACCCUUACUUCAUAAAACCUCCGAUCUAAACAUGGGAUCACUCAUAACCUCCAAAGACCCAUCAGUUUUGGAUUCUGUAAAUUCGUAUUUUUCCUUUGUCUUUUUAGUAAUAGGCUAACUGCAAAGUCCGACAUGUUUAUAGACAUACAGCCGCUUCCUUAAUAUUAUUUGUCUUGUCUUAACGGAUUGACGAGUCUUAAUGGCGAUGAGAAAAUACUGGAAACGAAACUUCCGCUUGUGAAGGAACUUUGGAAGGAACAAUAAUAAUUUCAAAACACUUGUAA